CCCAGAAGAGUAAACACGUGUGUUUGUUGUGAUUUGUUUUUCUGAGGAAAUCUGUGAAAAAAUCCCGUGAAAUGGACGUGGAGGAACAAAAUCAGAUGGACUUGGAUGAGGAGGAGUCUGCAGAUGAGGAAUCUAGUGAAGAGAGUGAAGAGGGCGAAGUGUAUUUACCGGGAAAACCGCUGGAGAAGGAUGAAGAGCUCGUUUGCAAUGAAGAUGCGUAUUUGAUGCUUCAUCAGGCUCAUACCGGGGCUCCCUGUCUCAGUUUUGACAUCAUCCCGGAUGACUUGGGUGAUCGUCGAGAAGAAUACCCCCUGACGGGGUUCCUCGUGGCUGGGACUCAAGCUGCCAGGACGCAUGUAAACAAUGUUAUCGUGAUGAAGAUGAGCAACUUGCACAGAACCAGCAAGGACAGGGAUCCCGAAGGGGAGGCAGAGAGUGAAGAGGAUGAGGAGGAGGAAGAGGAGAUUCCAGCUGAGAAAAUGCCACAGAUGCACUGUGCUCUGACCAAGCACCAAGGCUGUGUAAAUAGAAUCCGUGCCACUCGCCACAGCAAUUCAGUUCUGGCUGCAACAUGGAGUGAAUUGGGUCAAGUGAAUAUCUGGAAGCUCAAUCAGCAGCUGACACUGGUAAAUGAUCCGGGAUCCUUGGCCAGUUGGGAGAAGUCGGGGGAGGGGAAUCGCGUGAAACCACUUUUUACGUUUUCCGGGCACCAGAAGGAGGGAUUUGCAAUGGAUUGGAGUCCGACGGUUUCUGGAGUGUUGGUUACUGGAGAUUGUCGGAGGGAUAUCCAUGUGUGGCAACCGGGAGAGGCGGGAACGUGGGCUGUUGAUCAGCGGCCACUGAUUGGCCACACAGACUCUGUUGAAGAUCUUCAGUGGAGUCCCAAUGAGAGGAGUGUCCUGGCUUCGUGUUCUGUGGACAAGAGUAUCAGGAUCUGGGACACCAGGGCAUCUCCGGCCAAAGCCUGCAUGCUCACCUGCGACUCUGCUCAUGAUAGCGACGUAAAUGUCAUCAGCUGGAACAGGAAUGAACCACUGAUUGUCAGUGGAGGAGACGAUGGAGUCCUCCAUGUUUGGGAUCUCAGAACCUUCUCCUCCAAGACUCCAAUCGCCACCUUCAAGCACCACACCAAUUACAUCUCCACUGUGGAGUGGCAUCCGACGGAUUCGAGUGUCCUGGCUUCGGGAGGAGCUGAUGAUCAGAUCGCUCUGUGGGAUCUCUCCGUAGAACGAGAUUCCGCAGAAAAUGGAGAUGAGGAAACAAGUGAGGAGCUGAAGAAUCUCCCACCACAGCUCCUCUUCAUCCAUCAAGGACAGAAGGACAUCAAGGAGCUCCACUGGCAUCCACAGUUGCCUGGAGUUAUCCUCUCCACGGCCAACAGUGGCUUCAACAUCUUCCGAACGAUAAGCGUUUAAUAAAAAACAAAGAUUUCCAAGAGA